GAGAUUAGAUAGCUUAACUUACGCAUUUCUUAUCUAAAUUCUUCGCUAAGCAUUGAGCAACUACUGCAUGCGAGGUCAAUACGUGUUUAAACAUUGAAGUAACUUGGACAUUUCAGGUUUCCCGUUGUUUUUAAUCUCAUAUACGUUGUGCGGAUUUCAAGGCUCGGAUACCACGUCGCCUGAACGCAAGUUUUGGUACUCAAAUGAUCAUUUUUUGAGAGGGAUUUAUUUUGGAAAUGCUGCCAAACCAAACAGAGAAGAAAGAGCAGUUGUCAGUUCUAAAGAGCGGACGCAAUUGAGCAAGUCUUGGAGCGUAAGAAGAUAAAAAGACUACUCACUUUAGGACUCUUCUAAACGGCAGUCUUAAAGCGAUCUUCACUGCCUGUUAAGGACAAGUUGAGUAAACAUGACAUUGAGCCCAAGUCCUACUAGUUUCAUUCCUGACACCACAAGGCGAGAGGCAUUAAGAAAGGAAACAAGCAAUGUGCAGAUUCGAACGUCACUGUCACAGUCGAUGGGAGAGUAUAUCUCGAUGACAAAAACUCAUCCCGUCAAUGCUCUAUAUUUCGACGGGAAAACGAUAUCAAAAAGUUCUACAAUAAUUCCUUCUUCAUCUAUUUAUCAUGAGUCAAAGAUUCAGGACUCUGCAAAGCAACAUCGUGCAGGUGUGCCUGAUGAAAUAAUAGCCGGAAGCGUGGCAGGUGGAUUGACAGUUCUGAUUUUAAUUGGUAUACUUUUGUUGGCGGUAAUUUUAAAACGUCGAAAAAAAUGCGGAUCAAUCGUUGCCCAAAGUAACACAGAAGCCUCCUUCGACAAUCUUGGAUUCAAUAGCGGCCGAAAAAUUUCCGAGUACAUGGAUCUGAGCGAACUGGAAUUGGUCAGAGUCAAAGUCACCAACACUGUGAAGAGAAAGAUGUCCGCUUUCACCAAGGAAAAUCAGAAAACUAAUAGGGUGUCCUGUGGCCGGUUGGACCUGGUUGAGGUCCCUGUGAACUCGCACAUUGAUGACGAUAUACUUUUGACGGCUUGGGUGUGACAAAGCAUAUAGGUUGUAGGAAUAUAAAUUUUCAAUAUAAGGAGUCUUGCGCACAAAAUUGCUUCGCUAGCUUUCCGAGAGCUAAGGUACAUAAUAAUCGUAACGGUUUCUGUUUUCCAGGUUCUGUAAUUUAGAGCUAAAAUAAAAGGUGGACAGCCUGUGUGUCAUUUGCGCGCUUCUAAGCUUAUCCAUUUUAGUCCGCGCAACAGGCCUCUCUUUUCUUUUUGCGUUGAGUCGCGUGGACGCGGGCGCGAGGCAAGCACGAAGGCCGGUUUACGCGCGAGAGAAGGAGCGCAGUAAAAAUUUUUUUCGCGCAUGACUCACUCCUCGCACUCAUAUCGCGCUCGCCUGAUAAAGCAAAGGAAGGCUUUGUUUUGCUUGCUACGAAAAAUGUAUAUAGAAAAACUACGAAAAUUUAGAUCAGAGGUAAGAAUUCAUAUAAUUGCGGAUGUAAAAUAUCAAGGAAAAAAGCUUUUCUUGGUUUUCCUUUGGAAACAAACAAAUUGCCACAAAAAGUGAAUAUCACCUCUUAUUUCAUUUUAUUUCAUUUAAUCAAUGAAAAUCUUGAUAUGAAAGCUUGUUUCAAAAUAAAUAGGUUAUAGAGUUUAACACUAAUCUCUUUUGCAAAUCUUCUUUAGGUUUCUCAAACAAUUAAGCAGUCUUCUUCUUUGUAAAACUAGCCAAAAAUUUCUCUGCCUUUUAACAGUACAAUCGUU